UCCAAAACUAAAACCGCAGUACUUGAAACUAUGGCGUUAUACUGGGCUUUUGUACUGCUUUUGCUUUAUAGUAUAGACCACACAAAUGCAUUUUGUGUAAAAUCGUUAGAUUUGGAUCAUGGAAAUGUCACAUAUAAGGACAACAGCUUCUCAGUAGUGUUUCAGUGCGACCCCGGUUAUACCCUGCAUGGAAGUGCGGAGCUUCCCUGCAAUGGAGAUGGCCUCGUUACAGAUGAAAAGCCAUUCUGUGCCAAAAGCGGCUGUAAAUUGAAAAACGGAACUUUAACCGACUUACCGAAGCUGGAGAUAUCUUGCCCGUUUGGAGAUUUGUUUGGACAUUCCGUUGCCUAUUGCGAUGGAGAAAAGUGGAGCAACGAGCUGGGUGAAUGUGGGCCUGAAAACAAAACGGCAUACUCCUGCAAUUUCGAGAGCGCGAACAGAUGUGGCUGGAUGGCGUACCCAUCUCCUAGUGUUUGGAUGAGGGUCAGCUAUGUCACCCACUUCCAUUACAAGGAAACCGGACCCCUGACCGACAGCGAAACCGAUGGAUACUACAUGCGGAUGGUGACCGCGACUGGCAAGUCCUCGGACAGCUACCACCUGCUAUCGCCUAGAUAUCCCAAGGAACUCAGUCAGCAGAAAGCCUGCUUCUCGUUCCGCUACUACAUGUUCGGUCGGGGAGUGGAUUCCCUGAUAAUAUCCGUUGCACCGGACUCCGACCCCAUCAAUGGCACAAUUCAGAGGCAUUGUAUAUCUGAAUCCCAGGAAGCGAAGUGGUUUACUGGGAGUAUCCCCAUCCCCAAAAUGGAACAGGACUUUAGAGUUGUCUUCACGGGUAAAAAUGCGGGGGGUCAGUUCGCAGACAUUGCCAUCGACGACGUGGAGCUGAUGCCGGGUGUGGAUUGUGCACAGCCCAUAGACCAGGAACCACCAAUUCCCAAAGGGCCGACACUACCAAGUCCUUAUAAAGGAAUAGUAUGGCAAGCACCAGUUCCACCGCAAGCAGCUCGUCAAUCACCAGCACCAGUUCAACCGCAAGCAGCUCUUCAAUCACCAGCAACAGUUCAACCGCAAGCAGCUCUUCAAUCACCAGCAACAGUUCAACCGCAAGCAGCUCUUCAAUCACCAGCAACAGUUCAACCGCAAGCAGCUCUUCAAUCACCAGUUCAACCGCAGGCAACUGGUCAACCUCAAAAACCAGUUCAACCGCAGGGACCAGUGUCGAAAAGCUCAGAUCCACCAAAAUCCACCACUGAGCCACCAAAGUCGAGCAGUACGCAAUCACCAAUCCCCACCAUUCCGCAAGCACGUGCCGCCAGCUCUUUGACUAAAAAAGAUAGUAACAGCUCCUCUAACACUUGGUUAUAUAUUUCAAUCGGUAUCCUGGCCUUGGCUUUGCCAGUAUGUAUAUUUGUGUUUCUUAAAUUUUUUAAGAAGUGAAGCGCUC